CUGAUGACGGUGAUAGGGAUGUAAUUUUGUCAUCUAGUAAUGAUGUAUCUCGUAAUGCUGUAUCUAGUAAUGCUGAAUCUAGUAAUGCUGAAUCUAAUAAUGCUGUAUCUAAUAGUGUUGUAUCUAGUAAUGCUAUUAUAUCUAGUGACGAGUCUUUUAGUUUGAAAGUUCUCGAAAAUGAUAAAUUUGAAAAUUUUGCAUAUGCAAAUGAAGCUAAUGGAGCUGAAAAGGAUGAGCAUGAAGCAUUUUCUGCUGAUAAAAUUGUGAGUCAAUAUGUUCCUAUAGUUGGUACGGUGAAAAUUUUAGUUGAAGCAAUUUAUAAAAUUUAUGAGAAUGCGGA